AGAGGAGGAGUCUAGGGGCGUGGGACACAGACAAAGAACAGACACACACACACACUAACACGAGGAGGGAGCAGAGGACUUUUCAGUGGAUUUUACACUUGUGGAAUAUAAUUCAUACUUGGAGCUUUGCUGGAGGAGGUCUGUGUGUUAGUGUGUAGUAUAGUGUACCUACAUUAGUGUGUUUUGUAUGAGUGAAUGUGAGAGCAUGUGUGAGUGUGUUAUGUUGUGUGUGUAACAGCCCGGCCCCGGAUGGAAAGGGUUGUCGCUGGCUACUCCGAGGUCUUAGCUCCCAGCCAUGGGGGGCUGCCAGAGUCACCCCUCUGCUGCGGAUACACAAAUAGUACCCCAGCCCUCUGAUGUCAACAAACUGGGAGAUAAUAACAAUGAGCUGGUGUUGGAGGAGCGUCCCUAUCUGCAGCAGCAGUAUAUCUCUGAGAGGAUCACACACACCAACAUGACCGCCCUCACUGCCCUGCCACCCGGACUGGACCAGGCUGAGUGGCUCGCCAGCAACACGGUAGCGUUCUUUAAGCAUAUUAACCUGUUCUCCAGUGCCCUUUCUGAGUUAUGUACUCCUACCACCUGUCCUACAGCCUGCGGACCAGAUAACACAGUGUAUAUAUGGACAGACGAUCAGGGGAAGAAGUUGAGGUGUUCCGCUCCUCUCUACUUUGACUAUACCAUGUCCUACAUCCAAGACCUACUGACAGAUGAAGACGUCUUCCCCACCAGAGCAGGGUCAGUGUUCCCAGCAGGUUUUGUGUUCUUGGUCAAGAAGGUGUUUCUGCUGUUGUUCCGUGUUCUGGCUCAUAUCUACUGGAGUCACUACAGAGAGGCCCUGGUUCUGGGACUACACCCCCACCUCAACACAUUGUUCAUACACCUCACACACUUCAGCCUUCAACACAACCUGCUGGAAGCAGAACACACACAACCUCUACAGGACCUGAUCAUUGCUCUGGGACAGUACAGCCUCACCUGACACACACACAAAUGUACCUUCACAGAUAUACACACACACACACACCCACAGCUUCAAUGAAUUUAGAGAGACAGACUCAGCGACUCUGUUGUAUAAACUGUGAGUUAACCUUUGAAUGCAGUGGGCUAAAUCAGGGUCACUUGGUAGUCUUAAGAAAAUCUACUUUGAAACAAAAGUAUACAACUCACACAUGGGCUUAAAAAAAAGAAGACACCUGUACCAUGUCAGAUAUAGAGUUGAAAUGUAUUCAAUUUUGAAUUUACAUCCCAAUAGACUUUAUAUACUGUACAUCACAGAAGACUGAAAUAUAACGAAACUGUUUGACAUAGAAACACCAGAUUUUCUGCAUUUAAAAAAAUCCUGUUUAUUAAUUAUAAAAAAAUAUGAAUAACAUUCUACCAACGAGGCCACUAGGUUGUUUGACUGCAGGAAAAGGUUACGUAAGAAGAGGAUAUGUAUUGCUUUUUAUGCUUUUGCAUGUGAUAUGUAUAAUAGAUAAUAUAUGUUAUGAAGAUGGUGUUAUUAAACUGAGGUCAAAUGAA